AUGGUGAUGAUGGCCACCAAGUUCACCCCGGAGGUCCUACUCUCCGCCCCGCGCCGCUCGGCCGCCGUGCCGAACGAGUCGGGAACCCUGGCUCUAUACUCUGUAUCAGCCUACUCGUUCGAGAAUCAUUCGCGCAGUGGCGCCAUCAAUGUGCUCGAUAUCGAGACUGGUCACUCAACCACGCUAUACACGGACCAGGCCUAUUCGGAGCCAACCUGGAUAUCAGACAGCGAGUUUCUGCUCGUCAAGAGCGGCGACAAGGGCAGCUCACAUCUGCUUGUUGCCGACGCCACAAAGCAUGGCUCCGAGCCUCGUGAGAUCAAGGUCAUUAGUGGCUCGAUAUCCAACCUCAAGACCAAGAAGCUCGACCACGACACGGUCGCCCUGGUUGUCUCGGCGCCCACGACGCCCGCGGGAAAGCUUUACAACCCUGCUGACGAGCCAAAGUCGUAUACUUCGGCCAAGGUCUACACGGAGCUGUUCGUGCGCCACUGGGACUCGUACGUGACCAAGAACAAGUCCUCGCUGUGGUACGGCGCGCUCAAAAGGGGCAACAAGGGCGUCUGGAGCUUUGCCGGCGCCGGGCUGACCAAUGCGCUCAAGGGCACGCGGCUCGAGAGUCCGGUCCCGCCCUUUGGCGGUGCGGCCGACUUUGACGUUAGCAAGGAAGGUCUGGCCUUUGUGGCCUCGGACCCGGAGCUGAACCCGGCAUUGUGGACCAAGACGGACCUCUACUAUGUGCCCCUGCGCACCUUUACCGAGGACAAGCCACCCGCGCCGCAGCAGGUCAAGACGGGCCAUUUGCAGGGCUACAGCGCCUCGCCCGUCUUCUCUCACUCGGGCAAGAGUCUCGCAUUUAAGCGCAUGCGCCACCGCCAGUACGAGAGCGACAAGACGCGGCUGUUGCUGAUACCCGACAUCAAGGACCUCAGCAACGUGCAGGAGUUUUACCAGACGGAAGACGGCGAGGGAAGCUGGGAUCAGCGCCCCGAUGGUAUCGUCUGGAGCCACGAUGACAAGGAGCUGUUUGUCACGGCAGAAGACAAGGGCAAGAAUCUGCUGUACCGGCUGCCCGCCUCGCCCCUGGAGGCCAAGGAGUUGCCCAAGGCCUUGACCAAUACCGGGUCUACGGGAGACUUCUUCAACCUCUCGCACAAGUCUGGCAAGCUCCUUGCCACUUCCACUUCACUCGUGGACAGUUCUGCCUACAGCAUCGUGGAUCCCAGCGCCGAGGAAUCGGCAUCCGUCAGUCUCUUGUCCAGCGCCUCGAAAUCUGGCAAGUCGUUUGGUCUACACCAGUCCCAAGUCAGCAGCAUCUGGUUCCCCGGUGCCGGCGACUACAAGGUCCACGCGCUCGUCAUGAAGCCGUCCCACUUUGACCCGUCCAAGAAGUACCCGCUGGCCUUUCUCAUCCACGGCGGUCCCCAGGGGGCCUGGAACGAGUCGUGGUCCACGCGGUGGAAUCCGGCCAUCUUUGCCGAGCAGGGCUACGUGGUCGUGGCGCCGAAUCCGACGGGCUCGACGGGCUACGGCCAGGACUUUACCGACGCCAUUGCGACGCAGUGGGGCGGCCGGCCGUACCAGGACCUGGAAAAGGGCUUUGAGUACAUUGAGUCCAACCUCUCGUACGUGGACACGGACCGCGCCGUGGCGCUGGGCGCCUCGUACGGCGGCUACAUGAUCAACUGGAUCCAGGGCCAGCCGCUGGGGCGCAAGUUCAAGGCCCUCGUCUGCCACGACGGCGUCUUUAGCACCAUGAACGACUGGGCCACCGAGGAGCUCUUCUUCACCAUCCACGACAUGGGCGGCACGCUUUGGGAGAACCGCGCCGGCUACGAGCGCUGGGACCCGGCCGCCUACACGGGCAACUGGGCUACACCCCAGCUCAUUAUCCACUCGGAACUCGACUACCGCUUGCCCGUCACCGAGGGCCUGGCUGCUUUCAAUGUCUUGCAAACUCGGGGCGUGGAUAGUAGGAUAUUGAUCUUUCCCGAUGAGAAUCAUUGGGUGCUCAAGCCAGAAAAUUCACUCGUAUGGCACAAGGAGGUUCUAGGCUGGAUCAACAAGUACGUCGGGCUCGACACCACGGGACUCGCUGGGGACGCAGAGAAUCUAGGUGUUUGA